UAAAAUUUUAAGCCUUCAACACCAAGUACGUACAGCACACAUCGCUCAAAUUCUGGGUACGUACGUUUAGGUCGAAAGGAGAGUGGGACCCGCCACCCUGCAUGGGAAACAUGUGUACAGCCAAACCCCAUCUCUGAAAUGGGAGCUGGGACUAGCUAUGGGUUCCAUUAUUAUAAUCCAUACAAGUCUCGCAGAAGGAUGCUGCAGUUUUUAGCCCCUUUCCACAAACCCUAAUCGGGCCACCACCAUAUAUAUAUAUAUAUAUAUCACUCAGUGCCACCCCUCCAUUAAUUUCACCACCUCAUCUGUACUUGCUCUUCCAUGUCAUUCAUUUUCUGAGAACCAAUACUUCAAUCGCAUAAUUCUUUCACUGUUUCAAUCGUAUAGAUUAUAACCUGGCUUUCUUACAGCUAUAUAGCUAGAGAGCUUUUUACUUUCCUUUAUCUCUUUGUGGUAUUCAUUUUUAAAUUCAUUUACACAACUAUAUAUAGACCCAAUAUUGCUGAUCUUCUUCUGCCACUACUGGGGUGAUUUGAGCGAGAGAGAUGGGACAUCACUCAUGCUGCAACAAACAGAAAGUGAAGAGAGGGCUAUGGUCCCCAGAAGAAGAUGAAAAGCUCAUAAACUACAUUACGAAUUACGGCCAUGGCUGCUGGAGCUCAGUUCCUAAACUUGCAGGUCUCCAAAGAUGUGGAAAGAGCUGCAGACUGAGAUGGAUAAAUUAUCUGAGACCCGACUUGAAACGUGGGAGCUUCUCUUCCCAGGAAGCUGCACUCAUCAUUCAACUCCAUAGCAUUUUAGGCAACAGAUGGGCUCAGAUAGCCAAGCACCUACCAGGAAGAACAGAUAAUGAAGUGAAGAACUUUUGGAACUCGAGCAUAAAGAAGAAGCUUAUCCCCCAUGAAGUCAUUCCAGCUUUGGUCUCAUUCUCUCAUUUUCUUAACCCUAGUAGUGCUGGUUCUGAUCAGGAAAGUUUCUUCACUACUCUAAUCACAAACCCUAAUUUCGGUCUUCAACAAGAACAGCCUUACCUUCCCGUUCCAACACCAUUGCCACCAUCUAGUUUCUACCAUGGUGAUCAUAGUAUUUUCAAGUUAGACUACACCAAUUAUAGUUCCAACCGCCUUCAUUUUCCAACCCCCAUCCAAUUACCAUCAAACUAUUCAUCGUCAUAUGAUUCGUCAUGGUCAUUAGGUUAUCAACCCCAUCUAUUUGAUUCGAAUCAUCAACAAGAUCAAAUUCUCAACAAUAUUGAAGUUGCUCCACAUUUUAAUAUUGGAAAUGAGCUUAUGGUUCCGAGUGUGGCUUCUCUACCAGGUUAUGAUCAUGAGAAUGUAUCAGUUGUACCCACAAUGCCUCAGUCUUGUGAGAUCAAUAUUGAUGGCAGUGCUUGCAGAGCAAUGCCAUUUGAUCCACCUGAUAAUCAUCCUCCACAAGAACUUGACUCACUUGCAAAAGUUCCAUCGUGUUUCGGUCCAUUUGGUGAUCAUGGCUCUUAUAAUCCUUUCGAUCUGCAGCUUCCCUCCAAUCAGCUGGAAUUAGUUGAUCCCGUCAUAUCAUCGUUGCCAAUGUUAUCACAGCCGUCUCCGUCAUCCGCGUCUUCAUCCUUGUUACCACUACCAAGUAGCCAAUUAUUCAUCACGAACCCUAAUGUUCUUUCAAGCUUGGGAAGCCUGGCUAGCUAGCUCGCUAGGGAUGGCACUAUAAAUUCAAAUUAGUUACCUUGAUUGUAUGGUUGGAAUUAAUGUUCAUAAACGAAACAAUGCGUAUAUUUAUUUCCUGUAAUUCACAUCAUAAGGUAUCGUUAUUCUCAUAACUAGACAACUAAAUGUUGCUAGAUGAGGCUCCUAAAAGGAGUAAUGCUUGCUCAAUAUAUAUGUAUAAAGAUUUGUACUGAUCUCUUUCACGUGUUGG